AUGCCAUCGUUGAUCUCCUUGAUCGAAUCGGAACUAUCGGAACCAUACAUCGUUUAUACCUAUCGAUACUUUGUCAACCAGUGGCCGGAUCUAUGCUUCUUAGCCAUCAGCCCUUGCGCUUCCCGGGACGGGCAUUCAAAGCUAAACACAAAUUUUUCCGGUGGGGAAGCGAUAGGAUGUAUAGUAUGCAAAUUAGAUCGGCAUCAGAAGGGGUCUCGCCUCGUGCGGGGCUACAUCGCUAUGAUUUCCGUUGCUUCCCCGCAUCGAGGUCGCGGAGUGGCCAAGAGGUUAGUCUGUAAAGCGAUUCAGCAGAUGGUUGCCAAAGGUGCACAGGAGAUUGUACUCGAGACAGAGGCGGAUAAUAAGGCUGCUCUGGCACUGUAUGAAAGUUUGGGCUUUGUAAGGGAGAAGAGAUUACAUAGGUUUUAUUUGAAUGGCAAAGACAGUUUCAGGUUGGUAUUGCCUAUACCGAAGAGUAUGCAAAACCCAAUUGUCGAGGGUUUGGAUGGACCGCCACCGAAUGGACUUGUUCAGCCUCCCUAUCUUCCCUCUUACACAAGCUCACAAGCAGAAUCACACGAGAUCGCUCCAGCCGAACACUCGAUGAGCAAUGACUAUUUUCUAUGA